CACCUGGGCUCAACUAAGCUCACAACCUGUAGGACAGGAAGAGAGAGGGGCAGCAGGACUAGAGAAAAGAGAACGCAACGAUCCUGCGGCGUCAUUCUGGGGAACGCAUGCUCUGCACCUGCUACACUUCCCUGCUGUUCAGAUUUUCACCUCUAACGGGACAAACAAAGCUUGCAGAGUGAAGAAAGGAAGAUUGUGAUUCACCAUGUCUGCAUUGAGAGUGACAGUUUUCACCCUGUUCCUCACCUUCCAUGGACUAUUAGCUUUGAGCCCUGAUAUGGAUUUAACCAUGAUGCCAGGCUUCAACGACUCAGUGAUCCGUUUUCCACCCCUGAAUCCAGAAUUCAUCAAUGCAUCACACGCACUGAUGGCUAAGUGUCUGAAAAUGGGACAUAGGGUACCCAUGAUGAUGUAUGGAGCUCCAAACAGUUCCAUGGGUUUGGAUGCCAUGGUACCCAAACCAGUAGCUAAGCUUCACCAACUUCUUUCCUCAUUUGCACAUCACCCCAUGGUUCCCUCCCAUCCAUCACCAUCCAUUAUGCCCAAUGGCACCAUGGAGCCACCCUAUGACAUGGACUGGAACAUGACUGAAAGGCUACAGAACUGCUCCAGCAUGCCACACAUGGUUGCCCUCAUAAGGAACAUUUCGGAUGGUCCACAGUGCUUCAUGCGGGCUUUUAUGGCUCCCUUCUCUUGGAUGGUUCUGAAGGAUAAUGGGUCAGAAAUUGACCCAAGCCAAUUCAAGAUGCUGCUCUGGGUGGCCAAGCCUUUCAUCCAGGACAUGCUGCCCUCUGAGCUGGUGCUGCCCGCUCACCUGCGCCCCCCACAACUGGCUGAGAUGGUGAAUAUGUUCAGUGAGGUGUAUAGCUCCCUGACUCCAAAGCAUCAUGAUAAGAUCCAUAAGUGGAUUAUGGAUCAAAUCAGACCAAACAAUGUCAACUGCAGUAAGAAUCCACCCAAACCCACACAGCGUCCUGAUCACACUCAAGGUCAUGGUCCAGGUAAAAGUGAAGAUCGACCUCAAAUUCCACUUCCAGCUCAAGGUCAAGAUGACAAUGGCCCAUGCCAGAGGAAGAACUGGCUGAAUGCUACAGAAAUGGAGAUGAUGGGACAAUUCGUCACACUUCUACCUGUUGCUGAAUUUGAAAAUACCCCUAAAGAUGAGUUAUGUGCAUUCUUCUGGAAACCACGAUUUCAAACCUCAUUUCGUGGGGUAGUCCCUCGUCCACUUGGCAGGAUGUUGCUCAAAAUGUUGAAGAAGUGCUUCACCGAGAGCUCUGAGUUCCCCCAGCACCUGGACAGAAUUGGCGGCCUGGCAUGUUUCUUUGACGAUCCUAAGGCCCUCAAUUCAUCUGAGAGCUCAGUUCUCCUCUCCCGACUCAGGGAAUGUGACAACCCAGAAUCUGUCAUGCUGAAGAAGGAACUGCUGAUGAAGGUUUCCUCUCAGGGAAACGGACCUCUCAGUCCUGACAUUCUGCAGUCUGUGGGCUCAGCAGCAUCGGUCCUGUCCAUGUCUCUGUUGAACAGGUUCACCCCGUCUGCCAUAAGGGAUAACCUGCCCUCCAUGGGCAAGGCCCAGUGGAACCCAGCCCAGGCCAAGGUCCUGGCCGACAUGCUCAUGAAGGAAGCCACGGAGGUGUCCGGAAACGAGCUGAUUUCUCUGGGGUCGGUGGUGCGAGGCGUCUCCAGCUCGCUGCUGCGGAAGGCCAAGCUCACAGGGCUGCUGGGAACAGAGGAGAUGGACACGCUAAGCCACAGGCUUUCCGCACUGCAGAGGGCAGCCCUGCUGGAUGGGCUGCGCAGUGAAAUGAACGCAUCACAGUUGGUGCGUAGUGUCUCCGGGCCCCUCCUGGCCAGGCUGUCCUUGUCCACCCUUGAACAGGCUAACCUCACGUCUGUGGACCAGCUGGAGGGGAAGAACUGGACCAAGUCUCAGUCUGCUUUACUGGUGAAGAAGAUCCUGAAGGGGAGGUUGAGACCCAGUGACAUCAUGAAACUGCAGUCAGCGGUGCAGGGUGUGACAUGUCAGAUGAUUGACAAUACCAAUCAGAGUGACGUCAAGGAAGUGUCUCAGGCUCUAACAGGAAGCAUGCACUGGCUGUCCAGGACACAGGUGGGCUGUGUUGCUAAGAAGCUCUACAACAGCCUGGAGAAUGAGAGAAAGGACUACUUCAACAACAUCACAAACGCUGAACUGGAUGCCAUUCCCACACCACUUCUGAUUUACAUGCCUGUGAAGGCAAUCAUGGCGCUCCCACGCUCUGUGUGUGCCCACUUCCUGGACAAAAUGUCGCAGGCCAACCUCACCACUCUUCCCCUGAGCUCGUCCGCUCGCUCUGCCCUGACCAACAGAUCGCUGAAUUGCCUGGGUAAGAACGUGUCAGAUCUGAACGCUGGCGACAUCACCAGGUUGGGGCCGCUUGUGUGUGAGCUGCAGCCUGCUCAUCUGACUAACCUGAGUGCCGAUGCUCAGAAUGCCACCCUGCAGGCCCUGGCCAAGUGCAUCCAGAUUAACCGCCACCACACGCAUGCCAUCGUCACACUGCUCAAGGCACAAUAUGGACCGCCCUCAAAUUGGUCCUCCAGCACAAUGACCUCUUUUGGAAGUCUCCUUCUACUGAAUGACACAGAAAUCAACUCACUAACCUACAAGUCUGGGCUGAAGGAAUCCCUCAUGGAUGUGCUAGACCGUCUGCCCCCUGACCAGUCGCAGUCUGCUCCAGAGGAGUUUCGCAUCAGGCCCAGUCUUUCCGCGGUACGCAAGAAGCUCUUCUACCUGAUCACCUACCCUGCACAGCCCAGCCCUGCCGCCCGUAGAAAGAGAGCGGCUUGUGCGGACGCUCCCACGCUGUCGGCCAUUAUGGAACUGGGGGAGGGGAACGUCGAAUGGACCCCGGCCCAGCUGGCCUGCAUUUCCACAGACGACUUCAAUAGCGGGGUGCAAAUCCUUGGGGGAAUCGUCAACUACAACCCCCAACAGCUGGAGGCUCUGAAGAGCAAAGUCAUCCAGGUGUGGGGCAAGCCGGGCUCCCUGUCUGCGUCGCAGGUGAUGCAGCUGGGCUGCGUGGCUCAGGGCUUCUCCCCUGAAGAGCUGAAGGUGCUCAACAUCACCUCCCUGGACACCCUGGAGCUGCUCGAGUCUUGCAACUGGACGCAGCAGCAGAGAGAAGGAAUGUGGUGCGGUUAUGUGAAUCGCACCGGGCACACAGUGAGCACGCUGGGAACAGUGGAGAUGGUGGGCCUGGGCCAGUUCAUCUGCGGGCUGAGCCCGGAGGAGCUGCGGAACCUCAGCACCAACGCCUUCAGGGAGGCCGUGAGCGACAUGGGUGGCGUCAGUUGUCCUGUUUCCAAAAUGGAGCUGCUGAAGAGCAAGGCGGUGCUUCUGUUCGGCAAACCCAAGGACUGGACUGAGGCCCAAGUCAACAACAUGGGAAACAUCAUCGCUGGCCUGAAUGAAACAGAGCUGCAGAGUCUCAAUGGGUCUGUCCUGUCCUUCAUCAGACAGUCUGCCAUUCCCCUCAUCCCCCCGGCACGCUUGGCUGCACUGUCGGUCAGCCAAAUGCAGGCCUUGGGUGCUGACAAUUCUGCCAUGGUGACCACUGCCCAGAGAGCAGUGCUUAGUGAACAGCAACGAGAGGCCCUGGGGAGUGCUUUGGGGGUUCCCUACACCCGAAGUGAAGUCACCACCCAGAAAACCCCAGCUCCAGUACUGCCACCAAAAGGGAAUGGAGUCUCCAGGGUGGGAAUUGUGGGAGCUAUAGUUUUCUUGCAGCAAUUCCUAUUGCUUACACUUUGGUAUGCUGUCUAGGUUAUACUAUGACAUAGCAAACCUGGCUUCAAAAUGAACUGAACUGUCUUCCUGUAUCAUUUCUAUCCAUAACCAUAAUAUAAUCAAAAGAAAUAUAUGUACGAAUGCAUUACCUACAUACAUACAAGUGCUGUAAUUGCUGACAUAUACUGUAGACCUAAUCUUUUAAAAAGUGUGUAUGUUUUAUUUCCAAUCUAAUGUGCUGCAGUACUG